ACAAACAAACGUCAAAACUCCCCCAACAACAGCUUUCUUUCGAACCCGGUGUUUUUAUUCAAUCGCUCAUUCACGUCGAAAAAUGAAACUAUUAGAACUACGACCGGACCGCGCCCUGCUUAAACCCAACUUCGAUGGGUACAAGCUAUCGCUGGAACCCAUUCCGGUACUUCGAACGGAGCUAACCGAACCAUCUCGACCGGAUCAUGUACGACCGGGUGAGCAGCAGUAUUCGUGUUUACAUGCGCAACUUUUCGGACUGCAGAACCAUCUGGUUCGAGACCCGUGGGCUGCCGGAAGCAGUUAUUUCGUCGAUCAGUCCUGGAUUGUCCGGCGAGUUCAGUACGACGAGGCAAGCGGUCGAUUGAAACCGGUCAGUUCGGUGUUUAAGAUCGGUCGGAAUCGAGGAGCUCGUCGCGACGGUGAUUAUAAUUGCUCGUUGGUAUUUUUGUCGGAAAAGUUUGCCUUGAUUGCGGAUGGUCAAGGUGGAUUACUGCUGGUAGAAACAGGGGACCGCCAGAGAGGUGAUGAAUGGAAGGGAAAAUUUUCUUUUCCGGAUGUUGAUGGAUUGGAUGGAGGGUUUGUUCUGGCGGAUGGCAGAUUCGAAAUAAUUAGUGGCGAGCGUCAAAUUCAUGCAAUUUGUGUUUGUGUCCAGCAUAAAGAACCUGCUUUUGAAAUUGUUAUUCAUUGGCUAAAGGCGGUUCAAGUUGAACCUAGUCAAGAAUGGAAAUAUCAUUCUCAGCGGGUUUUAAGUGGAAAAGGAUUUCCAAGUUAUUGCGCAUUGGAACCAAAGGGUGGAUCCCUAGUGUUGGUUAGUGAUAACCCAUUUAAAUUUAUCUUGGACACUGAAAACCCGAUUGAACCAGAAAUUGUCACAGCUGAAGUUAACGGAGAAUCAGACACAAAUAACGAAACAUUCCCGUUCGAUUGGACACAAACUAUGGAUGAUAUUACCAUUAAAAUCCCGAAAGAGGAAGGCGUUAACUAUAAGAUAACAAAUGAUGACGGCAAAUUGAAGAUUUUCCGCAAUGAGGAACUGGUAAUUGAUGGAGAAUGUUUUUUCGCACUUGUUGAUUCGGAAUUGACAUCCUGGACUAAUGAAUCUAGCGAACUUGUAGUUUCCUUGUUCAAGCAACAAUCCGGAGUUAUGUGGCCCUUUCUGUUUCCCGGAAGCGCCGAAGAAACUCGUGAUGGCGCAGUCGAUGAGAUGCCUCCGGUUUCGAAUCUUGCUUCUCAAUUAGAAGAUUGCGAUUUUGGUAUUACUGGUCAGGAUGCGGAAUACACAAUUGAAAGAUUAAGUCUUGCCAGCCAUGAAACAACUCACAAAGUUUUCCUCGGCAGCAACGCACCUCUUUUCACGGUGUGUCUAAGACCGGGAUUCCCUGCGGCAUUGGCUUUGCGUCACGACGUAGAUGCGUGUCUCUGGUUGCAGCAAGCGGGAACAGAUUGGUCCUUGCGGCACGAAGGGACCCUACACGCAUUUGGUUAUGUUCAAGCUUCUAAACAGCAAAGAAAAUUUUUAACUUGUUCGCCGGAUUUAGAUUAUGCGGUGAUCUGUGAAGCCGAGCGACAUGUUUUCAUUUAUAAAGCUAGUUACGGAACGGCCAGCGGCUUGCGGAAUCGCAACGGUCCUCAAGUUACAAUUGGCCAGCAACAACUGGUCGCCCUUGAGGGAAGCGGUGAGAUACUGGGUAUCUGUUGUGAGAAUGAUUAUACCGUUUUGCUAACGGAGAAACAAAUUCUGGUGUUACAGUUGCGAAUCGAAGAAUAAAUACAAAACUAUUAUUGACGACUUUUACAAUUA